AUGGUUGUUGUUAAAAAGCAUGCCUUUCAAUUUCCAUUCCCCUUCCCAGUUCGUCCCAUCGAUCCGUCAGAGAUACUGAACUUAACGGAUGUAUCGGAGCAAUGUCUGACAGACGUCAAUGUGUUCACAUCGAGUUUGAACACAUAUGCGCAGACCUUCGUGGCAUGUCAGCGAACUGGAGGAUGUACCAAAGUCCAGCAGACAGCACUCGACGAGCACAUUUUUGCUGUAAAACAAAUUGAUGCUUUUGGCAAGAUUCCGGCAGGAAUAAUGGACUACACGAUAAUCAACACCGGAUCGUACUCGGAAUGCAUGGAUGUAGUGGCACCAUACAAGGUGCAGUACUGUUAUGUGGCUGCCAGUGUAGUAAUGGAAGGACCUCCAAUGGGGCAAAUUGGUCCAAAAAUUGCUGUAUGCAUGCCAAGAAGCUGCACUGAAACGGAUAUCACUAAGAUCUUGGAGCGCUAUGAUGUACAACAGUAUGUGCCAGUCAACUUUACUAUUAACACAAAUUGUGUACCAUCAAAAAACACAUACUCCGCGAAUUUUUGGGUAUUCAUGUAA